CAGACCCGAGUGUGAAAUGAUGAAGUUAUACAGUACUUAGAUCAUACAAUAGUUCUGCUUGGUUUAUUAAAGAACUGAAUGCAUAAUUUCUGUGAAAUAUCAGAACAAUAAGGUUACAUCAAUGAACGCAUUUUACUUCAUUUUUUUAAAUAAAAAUAAAUAAAUAAAUGGAUAGCUGUUUAAUGUAGAACGGACAUAAAACGGACACAAUACGAUUUGCUUAACAAUUAGGUUUCUUAAAUUUAUAUCUUACUAUUUAGAGUAUGGUUGGGCAAAAAGUGCUUCUCUUUAUUUUAUUUUGUGUAUAUAUGUUCAAGGGUACUGUUGGUAUAUACCUCGAGUCACCUAUAAGCGGCGAACAAGUAUGUGUGGGGACAGGGAGCGGGUUUUCGAAGAUGGGAGACUCCAGCUACCACUACAAACGUCUCUACAAACAGUACGUCGACUGUACAUACGUGUUCGGCAACCUUGAGAUCACGCACCUGAAACGAGGCCAGGACACGAGCUUCCUGGCCAACAUCCGGGUUGUCACGGGUUACAUGCUACUGUUUGCCAACGAAGUGGAUGUCCCUCUGCCCAGCCUGGUGUUUGUGAGGGGGGACAUGAGGUUUAUGGGGUACACUGUGUUGAUUGCCAUGUUCAACAAUGUACCAAUGCCAGCUUUGAAAGAGAUAUCGGGAGACCUCAAAUAUUACAACCCGAGCUGUUUUCUGGACACGAUCCGCUGGGACCUGAUUGUCAGGGGAAAGGUGAUCAAGGCCAAGUCCAGCUUCGCACACAGAAACUGUGACGACUGUUCCCCCGAGUGUGAAGAUAGAGACGGGCAGUCCCAUUGUUGGGGACCGGGUCCGGAUAUGUGUCAGACAGUCCCGCUCAUCGAGUGUGACUACGUGUGCCACAAUGCCACGUGCCACGAGGAAGGCAUGCUGGGCUGUUGUCACCCCCAGUGUGUUGGUGGAUGCACUGACGGCUGGAUCAACUCAGCAUGUGAUUAUUGCAGAAACUUCAAGUACCAGGGUCGUUGUAUCCAAGAUUGCCCCGAGACUAGUUAUUACAUCGGUGAAGAUUGCAUUGACCUGGACUGAUUCUAUUGAAGCUUGAACACAGUGUUAUAUAAGGAAUAUACAUUCCUGGGUGGAUAUUCAUAAAACAUCUUAAGUCAUGUCAUUUUCUUAUUUAUCAUGUGAUAUAAUUGCCUUAUAAUAUCGGAAAUACUUUAUUUUCAUUGGUUUGAUUUGAUAUACAUACUGUUCAUGUUAACAUAUUUAUCCUGUCACCUGCAUACAAAUCGGUCCAAUAACAAGGUGCCGUGUAAACUUUAGUUUAUUAGGAUAGUAGACCACGUGAUGUUUAUCUACAGUCAGGUGGUCAUGUGACCGCGAAAACGAACUUCUUUUAUAUAUUCUGCAAUGUCAGAAGAAAAGCAGAACUGUCGUUUCAGUAUCUUAUCAAUGGACCACUAACAGCCGACCUCAGCAAUCACUCGCCCAUAAAGUCCCAUCAUUAUGCAAAAUAAUGACACUGGCAAAACAAUCGACCUGAAAUCUUCAUGAGUUACAAACAAACUGCAUGCCUUCGGCUCACCCGAUAAAUUCCUCCGCCUUGCCAGAUAAACUUCCUCCAUCCACGGCACUAACCUAGUAUUCUCUAUAUAUACUCUUCUUUAAAUUUUACAACAAAAAUUGCUGACAAUUGACUUUUCUAGGAAAUGAAGUAAGAUGUUUUAUGAAAACUGCCCAAGCUUUAUGUAUCCAUGAAUUGACCAACGCUGUCAUAACAAUACUCUAAGGGCUCAUGGUGUUUCUUAUAAUCGUACGGGAAGUUUAUUUAGCGCGUAUGCCACACGGGAAGACUAUUUGUAAAAUAUUCUGUUUUAAACAAUUAGCAGUUUGGCAAAGUGUACAUUAAAGCUGCAGAGGUAUAACCUAUUUUGAAAGAAAAAAUAUCUUAAAAUUGGUGAAUAUUCUUUCAUGCUUUACGAUGAAAUAUGGGGUUUUAACAGUGAAAUAACAACAGUGAAAAUAUCAAUUUGAUAUUUUCACUGCAAAAUAAGGAGUGAAAAUAUCAAUUUUCAGAACUACUUUUAAAAUCCUUUGUUGUUACAUGUACUUGCCUUGGUCAAAACAGAACACUGGACUUUAGUAAAUUAUGUCAAAAAAGGAUGAAAUAUUUUAUAAAUCUAAAUAAAUAUAUAAUUGGAAACUAACAACUUACCGUUUAUUACCGGUUAUCCCGUUUAUCAAACAUUUUACUGAUCUUUGAAGCUGAAUGUUCGAACAUUUGCUUU